AUGCAGAUUCACAUUUACACUAUGGAUUUGAUUGGUGAUAUUGUAGAACAUGAGGCUAUAGAGCCUACAGUUCCUGUGAUGCCAGAGCCAUCUGGUUUCCCUGCAAGACGGAAUAUCUUCAAUAAGAAGAAGUCUCCAUCGCGAUUCAGAGCUCAGGCAUCUAAGAAGGUAACUCCUAAUGAACCAGUUUCUGAGGCUGAAAGAAUACAUGAGGAAAACAUGAAGAAGCUUUCACUGAUGACACUGGAGGAAAUUGCAAGAGAACGAGAAGAAUUACUUCAGAACUUAGAUCCCAAACUAGUUCAGAGUUUACUCAUGAGAACAGAAAAACGUAUACAUCGUGAGACAGAUGAGCAUGACCAAGACAUUGAACAUCAACACAAACAUGCUGAGGGAUAUAAUGAAUGGAUAGGAAAUACUCGUACAGAAGAUGGUUGGAAAGAUUUAACACAAUUGGAUAAAAACGACGUCAAUAAAGCACUUGGAAUUGAGGACGAACCUAAAGUCAAAUCAAAUAAAAUAGUUAAAUUCGCAGAGUCUGAAGAUGUUAUAGAUGAACUAAGAGAUGAUCCGAAUACUCAAAUAAUUAGUCAAACUGAAUGGCAAGAUGUGGAUGAUAUAAACGAGUUGAUCCCUGAAGCAGCAGACGUUGGAGAAGACGGCGAGAUUGCACAUAAAGAUUAUCAAUUGGUGCAUGAUGAAGAAGAUUUGAAGGAUGAAGUCACAGUGCAUUUUCCUAAACCAAAAUCUCUUGAUGAUAUGGAUGAAGAUGAUCCUGGUUUCUUUGAUAAAUUACAUACCAAAUAUUUCCCUGAUUUACCAAAGGAAACAGAAAAACUCUCUUGGAUGACGCAGCAAACUCCCACACAAACCUCUACAACCUACGAAUCGAUUCUGGAUAUGAGAUAUGAUUUCAAAGGUAACUUGGUUGAGUUGGUUGAUGAAUCCACUCCUCUGGAACAGAAAGAAAUACCUACUCAUUUAGGACUUCAUCACCACGGUGAAAACCCCCAACAAGCAGGAUAUACUCUUAGUGAGUUAGCUCAUUUGGGAAGGUCUCUGUUUCCUGGUCAAAGAUGUAUUAGUUUUUUAAUAUUGGGAAGAAUCUUACACAAGUUGGGUAAGCACAAAUAUAAUAUUGUUCCUGUAACAGAUGAUGAUGAAAAUAAUGAAAAUGAUGAAUAUAAUGCUAAUGUGAGCGAGAUGAACUCCAAGUUUGAGAAGCUAAUGUGGGAUUUAAUUCAACAACUUCGUAUCAUAGAUACCCUUGAAGAAGCUGCAGACGAAUCAAAGACAAAAAAUCUCUCCGUAAGAAACUAUGCAGUGGAAGCUCUUUGGUUAUGGAGAUCAGGAGGAGGUCAAUCUAAGAGUAAACCUGAGCUAAAUGAAGAUGACGAAAUUAUGCAAGAGAUUAUAUCCUAA